AUGCAGAUUUGGAAGACCACACUAGACAUGUCGUUGGAAGGAUUUGUGAAGGAGGUACAAGGAGAAAAGGUAAGGUACGAUGUUACAUUCAACAUUCUGCUGUAUGACGCCUACCAUGUGAGCCAAGGUUAG